GUCGCUUUGUCCGCGUCCGUUCGUGACAUCAACAACAAAACAACCGAACCGAACCGCCUACCUUAUUAGUGAUCUCUUUCGCACCAUCAGACCAAAGAAGCAGGGUGGCGAGCGGGGAUAGGUAGCUACUAGUCGUUCACAGAUCUCCGGACCGUGCCAUCUCAAUCCCGCCAAUCUCAACCAAGUGCGAGGGACGACAGGCCGUGCGCGCUGAUGCCAACUUCGGUCGCAGUACCGUGAUACCACACACUCACCAACACUCGGAAUCCUCUCUGCACCGUCGGAGCAACAGUAGUAUACGGCCUUCCGCGCGCGUGGACCGUUCGUUGAAGCUUCCGCCGGAACAGACUGUGGCGGCGGCAUACAUCAUCAUCACCCAUCAUCCACCAUCAUCAUCAUCAUCAUCAUCAUCCACCAUCAGUAGCGAGCUGGCUGAACGUGCAAGCACCACAAUCUAAACUCACCAACCAACCACCAAACACCUUCUCCGCAAUCCCCGCCUCUACCUACCGCCACCGCAGCACGUGAACUGCAGUGCGACGGACAGAAAUUCCGCGAUAGGAGGAAGAGGGAGUGCUAGCAGUUCAAAGGAAGGGGCAAGCAUGGCAGCUCCGGCAACACAGUCUCUCAAGUGCGUGGUGACGGGAGAUGGUGCAGUCGGCAAGACAUGUCUCCUGAUAUCCUACACCACGAAUGCCUUUCCCGGCGAGUACAUACCCACAGUCUUCGACAACUAUUCGGCGAGCGUAAUGGUGGACAAUAAGCCUAUAAGUCUGGGCCUCUGGGAUACAGCGGGACAGGAAGAUUACGACCGACUCCGACCACUCUCGUACCCUCAGACGGAUGUGUUCCUGAUCUGCUUCUCCAUCGUCAGCCCGUCGUCCUUUGACAACGUCAAAGCAAAGUGGUACCCCGAAAUCGAGCACCAUGCGCCUGGCGUACCCAUCAUCCUGGUCGGCACGAAGCUCGACCUGCGAGACGACCCAGAAGUCCGGGAACAGCUUCGACAAAGAAAGAUGACGCCCAUUCAGUACGAGCAGGCCGUGAACGUUGCAAAGGAUAUCAAAGCAGUCAAGUACCUAGAGUGCUCUGCUCUCACUCAGAGAAAUUUGAAGAGUGUCUUCGAUGAGGCAAUCAAAGCCGUCAUCAACCCACGACCGCCACAAAAGGUCAAGAAGUCCAAGUGCACCAUCUUAUGAGUGCACACAUCACACAUAGCAGCAGACAGCCUGCGCCCGCGCAAAGCUUUUUGCGGCAGGCGAAACCCAACUCGAGUACCCCAUCACGUUUCUUGAUAUCGCGACCACCUGCAGGUCCGCACAUUCGACCUUCCCCCAGUAUCUCCUCCUACCACGCUUCACCUCUCUUUCGACGCACGACAUCAGCAGGCAGACCGAAAGUUAUCAGUCGAGCGAUAGAACAUGGCAGUUCGCGAGACCCGUUUCAGUUCCGAGACAUGCCACGGCGUUUGCAAGGCGUUUUUUCCAUUUUCCACCCCUUUCUGUUUUGCACGGGCUUCUUUGAAGUGACUGAUUCCAUUCCGAGGAGCGCCUCGAUCAUGGGCAACUGCAUGAUACCCUCCCUCUUUGCGCUGCACUCGCAGCGCUACAUUGCAGGCCAUCAGGGUGGUUUACUGGUGCCAUUGCGGUUUACUCGUCCGAGGCAUUUGAAGUUUCUUGAACUGCCUGGCUGGGAAAUGUAGAUAGCGAGAAUUGCUUU